UCCAUCAAAGGAAAGAGAAAAUCCCCGCAAGGCAAUCUGUUCUGUUCAAUUGGCGCACAGCUUGCGCCAAUUGAAGAGGAUAAGAUGAUCUUUUCCCGAACAUCCCCCGUUUAAUUUUCAGUCAUCGGCGAAAGCGCUACCUAAUUCUAAUGGAUAUGAGACUCCUCUCCGUCUGCCGCAUUGAUUCCCCUCCUCUCUUCCUCAAAUCAAUUCCUUCCUUCCGAAUUCACCCUCCUGUUCUUAAGCCCUCCCGCCGUCGACGCCAUCGUUUUCCCAUAAAUUCCGUUUCGCAGAACCCAUUUCAAUCCAGCGAAUUGAUUCCUAAAACCCUAGAAAACCCACAACCUAAAACUCUUUUCCCAAGUGGGUUCAAGCGGCCGGAGAUUAAAGUGCCUUGUGUGGUGCUGCAAUUGGAUGUAGCCGAGGUUUUGGGCGGUGGGGAUGCGUUGGAUUUGAUCGAUCGGGCUUUGUCCAAGUGGGUUCGGAUCGUGGUGCUCAAUUCUGGCGAAGGCGGUGGCGGUAAGCUCUACGAAGCUGCCUGUAAAUUGAAGUCGGUGGUCGGAGAUCGAGCUUAUUUGUUGAUAGCUGAGCGUGUCGACAUUGCCACUGCCGUUAAUGCCAGUGGAGUUCUCCUCUCCGAUCAAGGUCUUCCUCCUAUUGUGGCCAGGAACACCAUGCUGGAUUCUACAUCGGAUUCCCUGUUUCUACCUCUGGUAGCAAGGAAUGUAAAAUCCUCAAUUUCAGCUGUAAAUGCAUCAAAAUCUGAAGGUGCUGAUUUUCUUUUAUAUGAUUUUGAUAAAGAGAAGCUUGAUAUGACAACAACAGAUUCUGUGUUCAUGAAUGUAAAGAUACCAAUAUUUAUACCGUUCUCCUCAUAUGGAAAGAACACAACGUUUCAUGAAGCUUUAAAAUGGCUGGAAUUUGGUGCAAGUGGCUUAGUAAUCUCUUUGCAAGCGUUGAGGCUGAUUAGCGAUGAUGCUGUUGGUAAAUUAUUUGACUCCACAUUUACAGACAGUGGAAGAAAGGAGGACGAUAUUAAUACGUCUGGUUCGUUGAACUUGAACAUGGCCAAUGGUGCUCUUGGAGCAACACAAGUAGCUGGAUUUGCUAAUUUGGAAGAUAGAGAAAAACAAGUCAUAGUUACAGAGAAAUUAGUAUUGCGUGAAGCCAUAAAUAUUAUUCAGAAAGCUGCUCCACUGAUGGCGGAGGUUUCGCUGCUCAAUGAUUCAGUGUCACAAAUUGAUGAGCCAUUUAUGCUGGCUAUAGUGGGUGAAUUUAACUCCGGAAAGUCAACAGUUAUUAAUGCAUUGCUUGGAAGGAGAUAUCUAAAAGAUGGGGUUGUUCCGACGACUAAUGAGAUAACUUUCUUGAGGUUCUCCGAGUUAAGUUCUAAUGAACAACAACAAUGUGAACGACAUCCAGAUGGUCAAUAUAUAUGCUAUCUUCCUGCUCCCAUCCUUAAUGAAAUGAACAUUGUUGAUACACCUGGUACUAACGUCAUUCUUGAAAGGCAACAACGGCUAACGGAGGAAUUUGUGCCUCGUGCAGAUUUGCUGCUUUUUGUUAUCUCUGCUGAUCGCCCAUUGACCGAGAGUGAGGUUAAUUUUCUUCGUUACACACAGCAGUGGAAGAAGAAAGUGGUGUUCGUGUUGAAUAAAUCUGACCUUUAUCAGAAUAGCCACGAGCUGGAGGAAGCCCUAUCCUUUGUCAAGGAAAAUGCAGCGAAACUGUUGAAUGCUGAACACGUCUGUGUAUUUCCAGUAUCUGCACGGUCUGCUCUGGAAGAAAAACUUUCUGCUUCUCUGGAGAGUGGCGAAGCCUUAUUGCCCUCUAAUUCUUAUUCGAGAGGCAGUAGCUUCCACGAACUUGAAAAUUUCUUGUACAGCUUCUUAGAUGGAUCAACAAGUAAUGGAAUGGAAAGAAUGAAGCUUAAACUUCAAACACCUGUUUCAAUCGCAGAACGGCUACUUUCUGCAGCCGAAACUCUCGUGAGACAAGACAUACAGUUAGCCAAACAGGAUUUGGCGUCUUUAAAUGAAUUAGUUGAUGGCGUAAGAAAUUAUGGAACAAAGAUGGAAAACGAAAGUAUCACUUGGAGAAGACAAGCUUUUUCACUGAUUGAUUCUACCCAAUCACGUAUUAUGAAGCUCACAGAAUCCACAUUAGAAUUAUCAAAUGUUGAUAUAGCUGCAUAUUAUGUCUUGAAAGGGGAAAAGUCUUCCACUGCAUCAGCUACCUUGAAGAUUCCAAAUGACAUCAUUUCUCUAGCACUAUCCGAUGCACAAAAACUUCUCCAAGACUAUAAAUCCUGGCUGCAAUCAGGCAAUGCUCAGGAAGGAAGAAUGUACCAGGAAUCCUUGGAGAAACUAUGGCCAUCUAUCGUCUUUCCGACUACUGAGAUGCCUUCUGAAACCUAUGAGUUGCUGAAAAAAGUAGAUGAUCUAAGCCUGAAAGUAAUUAAGAAUUUUAGUCCGAGUGCUGCUUCCAAACUGUUUAACCAAGAAAUUCGUGAAGCGUUUUUGGGAACUUUUGGUGGACUUGGGGCUGCUGGUUUUUCUGCUUCGCUUCUGACUUCAGUACUUCCCACCACAACGGAAGAUCUUCUUGCUCUUGGCCUUUGUUCUGCUGGCGGAUUUUGGGCAAUUUCGAACUUUCCAAUUCGUAGGCAACAGUUGAUUAGUAAGGUAAAAAGAACGGCAGAUGGAUUUGCUCGAGAGCUCGAAGCUGCUAUGCAGGAGGAUCUCAAUGAAGCAGUUCGAAAUUUGGAAGCAUUUGUGAGCACCAUAAGCAAGCCGUAUCGAGAUCAAGCACAAAAUAGGUUAGACAAACUAUUGGAGAUUCAAGAUGAAUUGUCCAAUGUUGGAAAAAGAUUACAAAAAUUACAAAAUGAUAUUCAAAGUCUUCAUGUAUCAUGACUAAACAAGCCAUAUCUAAAGGGUUUCCUCAGUCGCAUAUGUUAAAUGUAACGACGUCACAGUAUAAUGUUCAUAUCCCUGAUCCAUCUUUUCUGGAUUCCUUGUUGGGCAAUGUCCACAGCUCAAAAAGAGCUGAAAAUUUCUUUAAUAACUACAGACACAGCAGGAUUUGAGCUGUGCCUGGUACAACGGUGCCUGGUAUCU